CGGUGCCCGCACACCUGGCUCUCAGGUAGCCGGCGCCCGGAGCCUCCGGGAGGCGGUGAGGACCGGGGGGGCCGCCGGUCCACCUCGGACCCGGGGGCUGCGCUCCCGGACCUCCGACCACGGCCAGCAUGGAUCCGGGCGCGGGGGACGCGCUGGGAGAGGGGCCGCCCGCGCCCCGGCCCCGCCGCCGCCGCUCCCUGCGCCGCCUGCUCCAGCGCUUCCUGCUGGCUCUGGGCAGCCGCUCCGGCUCAGGGGACUCGCCGCCCCGGCCCCCGGCCCAGCCCGGCCCCUACGAUGGCGAUGGAGACGGGGGCUUCGGCUGCGCCCCGGGCCCGGCACCGGCCGCUCCCGGGAGCCCCGGGCUGGAUCGUCCUCCGGGACCGCAGCCCCUGAUGUCUGCCGGCGACGGGGCGCGUCCACCCGGCGCGCAGGGCUUGAAGAACCACGGCAACACCUGUUUCAUGAACGCCGUGGUGCAGUGUCUCAGCAACACCGACCUGCUGGCCGAGUUCCUAGCGCUCGGGCGCUACCGGGCGGCGCCGGGCCGCGCCGAGGUCACCGAGCAGCUGGCGGCGCUGGUGCGCGCGCUCUGGACGCGCGAAUACACGCCCCAACUUUCCGCCGAGUUCAAGAAUGCUGUUUCUAAGUACGGCUCCCAGUUCCAAGGCAACUCCCAACACGAUGCCCUGGAGUUCCUGCUCUGGCUGCUGGACCGCGUCCAUGAGGACCUGGAGGGCUCAGCUCAUGGGCUGGUGUCUGAGCAGCUGCUCCCGGAAUCGAGUAAGGACCCCGAGGACCUCCGGCCACCUGCUGCUCCUCUCUCCUUAGGCCCCAGCUUUGUGCAAAGUCACUUUCAAGCACAGUACAGAUCUUCCUUGACUUGUCCUCACUGCCUGAAACAAAGCAACACCUUCGACCCCUUCCUGUGUGUGUCCCUUCCCAUCCCCUUGCGCCAGACGAGAUUCUUGAGUGUCACUUUGGUCUUCCCUUCUAAGAGCCAGCGGUUCCUGCGGGUUGGCCUGGCUGUGCCCAUCCUUGGCACAGUGGCAGCCCUGAGGAAGAUGGUUGCAGAGGAAGAAGGCGUCCCUGCAGAGGAGGUGAUCUUGGUUGAACUGUAUCCCAAUGGAUUCCAGCGGUCAUUCUUUGAUGAAGAGGACCUGAAUACCAUUGCAGACGGUGAUAACGUGUAUGCUUUCCAAGCCCCUCCCUCACCUGCUCUGGGGACGCUCCCAGCUCAACCCCCUGGUCUAUCAGUGUCACCACGCUUGGCAGUUCGAGACAGCCACCGGUUCUUGGCACCUCUCCACGGCGAGAAUAGGGUGCUCAUCCUCUUCUGCAACCUGGUGGGGUCCGGGCAGCAGGCAAGCAGGUUUGGGCCGCCAUUCCUGAUACGGGAAGACAGGACCAUCUCCUGGGCCCAGCUUCAACAGUGUAUUCUCAGCAAGGUUCGGUGCUUCAUGAGGAGCGAGGCCCCUGCACAGGACCCGGGGACUCUGUUCUCCAUCCGGGUUGUGGGGCUCUCCUUGGCCUGCAGCUACUUAUCUCCGCAGGACAGCCGGCCCCUGUGUCACUGGGCAGUUGACAGGGCUUUGCACCUCAGGAGACCAGGAGGCCCUCCUCAUGUCAAGCUGGCUGUGGAAUGGGAUAGCUCUGUUGCAGAUCGCCUGUUUGGGAGCCUUCAGGAGGAACGGGUCCAGGAUGCAGACAGCGUGUGGCGGCAGCAGCAGGCACACCAGCAGCCCAGCUGUACCCUGGACGAAUGUUUUCAGUCUUACACCAAGGAGGAGCAGCUGGCCCAGGACGAUGCCUGGAAAUGCCCUCACUGCCAAGUCCUCCAGCAGGGCGUGGUGAAGCUGAGCUUAUGGACCCUGCCCGACAUCCUGAUCAUCCACCUGAAGCGCUUCUGUCAGGUUGGGGAGCGAAGGAACAAGCUCUCCACGCUGGUGAGGUUCCCGCUGUCUGGACUCAACAUGGCUCCCCAUGUAGCACGGAGGAGCACCAACUCCAAGGCGGGGCCUGGCCCCUGGCCCUCCUGGAAGCAGCCGAUCUGCCUUCCCACUAGCUACCCGCUGGAAUUCCUCUACGACUUGUACGCCGUCUGCAACCACCAUGGCAGUCUGCAAGGUGGGCAUUACACAGCCUAUUGCCGGAACUCCCUGGACGGCCAGUGGUACAGCUACGACGACAGCACAGUGGAGCCCCUGCGAGAGGAUGAGGUCAACACCAGGGGCGCUUACAUCCUGUUCUAUCAGAAGCGGAACAGCAUCCCUCCCUGGUCAGCCAGCAGCUCCAUGAGAGGCUCCACCAGCUCCUCCUUGUCUGAUCAUUGGCUCAUGAGGCUUGGGAGCCACAACAAUAGCACAAGAGGAAGCUUGCUGUCCUGGAGCUCCGCCCCCUGCCCUUCCGUGGCCCGGGUACCUGACUCUCCGGUCUUCACCAACGGUGUCUGCCACCAGGACAAGGGAGUCGAGUCCAGGUCUUUGGUUCGAGGUGUUGGUGGCCGAAGUAUCAGCAUGAAGGCACCUCCUGCUUCCCGGUCCAGGCAUGGGCCCUUCAAGACCAUGCCCCUGAGAUGGUCCUUUGGACACAGGGAGAAACGGCCUGGAGCAUCUGUUGAGUUGGUGGAAUACCUAGAGUCCCGAAGAAGGCCCCGGUCCACCAGCCAGUCCAUUGUGCCGCUGUUGACACGUGCUGCUGGCGGGGAUGAGACGGCAGCUACACCGAGGUUGGACGUCAUCCUUCCUGCUAGAAGUGAAGUCAGUGGUCGAGCCAUUGGCCAAGGAACAACUGGAGUGCCCCUUUCCUCGAGCCACCUCAACCACCGUCCAGCCCUGGGGUCGUCAGAUGAUGACGGUCUGAGCACUGCCAGGACACGAACAGGAAAUGCGAGCCAGGAUAUCAGGCUCCCGAAAAAGUUUGACCUGCCCCUCACUGUGAUGCCCUCGGUGGGGGAUGAAAAACCAGCUCGCCCCGAGGGCCAGAAGCUGACAACCUGGAAAGGAAGUGGCCAGGUGGGGAGCCAAAGUAGCCCGCCUUCCCCCUCCAUUGGGUUGUUCAGAAACUUUAAGGACAAUGGCCCAGGUACCUUACCCAAGAUGAAGGCUAAGGCUGCUGUGGGGGAAAGGGCCGCCAUCAGAGACAGGGGCCAGGGGACGUUCACUCUUCUGAAGUCUGUGUUUUGGAAGAAAGAGCACAAGAGGGCUGUGAAGACUGAGCACUCACCACCAGUACCCCCAGCCUCCCUGGUGAGUGGCGGGCUGAGCCUUGCCAUGAAGGAGCAGGCUCGAGGUUCAUCCCCUGCCCUCAGGUUUCAGGAGAGCCCAGCCAGGGGCCUGGGCAACCACACGGAGAGGGACACCAGGUCUGCACCCAGCUCUCUCCACCUCCCCCGCAAAGCCAGCAGGCCCCCUAGAGCCAGUACAGCUGGCACCUCCCAAAAGACCAUUCCUGGGGAGCAGACUUCCUGCGGCACCCUGCAGAGGGUGAAAUACCACACCCUCUCCUUAGGGCGAAAGAAAUCCUUGCCGGAGUCCAGCUUCUGAUAGAGCGUUUCAGUGCUGUGUGAAGCUGGCGUCCCUGGGGCCGUGCACUGAGAGUCUGCAGGAAGAUUGUGUCCAGAGUGGAUUUUCUAGAAUCCAGUUGACUUGUAACUUCCAAAAGAAAAGCAAGGAAAAAAAAAUUGGUGUCUGUAACUCGUGUUAUGUCCCAGUGACCCAGUGUCAAAUGUUUUGGUUCCCGUUGUUGGGUUUUGAUACGGUCUAGUCAAUAGACGAUGCUACUGAGCCCAAAUGACCACUAUAAGGCUGAAAUUAGCAUUUGGUGUUUAUGACAUAAGUCCGGGCCUGCAUAGGCUCUGUGGUGUCAUGUCAAAUACUCUCACCAGCUUGCUUGCUCCUAACUUACAUGUCCUUCCUUCCUUUUUUCCUUCCUUUCUCCUUCUCUCCCUCCCUCCUUCCCUCUUUCCCACCUUCUCUCCCUUUCUUCCCUUCCUUUCUUUACUUUUAUUAUUAUUAUUAUUAUUUUUUAAUAAAGGGCUUGUAAGGAAAAUUUUCUUUUCGUGCUUAUCUUGGAUAAGUGUCAAAGAUGCCAAGAAAUGAAAAGAAUAAGAAAUAAAAGAAUCAGCAGCGGUGGUGAGAGAUGGGAGGGAAAUGAUUGAUAUUUUAGGAGAAUAUUUAAUAUAUAGCAAGAUAAUUGUAUUACAGCUUUUCAAGGUAUUUUACAAAGAUAACUAUUUUGAUACCAGAAUAAAAGUUUUUUUUUAAUGUAAGUAUGGGAUCUAUGCACAAUUUUAAUAAAAUUGUGUCUGUAAAAACUGUAGGUGGAGAAGUGGCUCACUUCAUUCCUGUUGCAUAGUCACAGCUUGUUACCAACAGAAAGCAAUUGCCUGUGUUCUUUCUGAAAUUAAAAAAAAAGCUCUUAAUUAAAAUGAUUUU